AUGGCUGGAGGUGCCACUUGCUUGACUGUGCACAGUCCCGUACGAUGCGUUGUUCCCGUUUGCCCAGCAUCCAUCCGCAGGCUCUCCUCAGAACCAAAGCAUCAGGUUCUGUCGCAGAGACGAGCAAGGAAAGGGAAGACGGCAGCGCAGAGGCGCGCAGAGGACAUUGCCAUGUUUGCGCGCAUGCGUAAUCCUGAGAUUGCAAAGCUUGGUCGAUACCUCUACUUCAAACCGCCCUGGCUCGUCCCGCCGCCCCCCAUCUCGUUCGACCCUUCCAUCGACAUGCGCCGCCUUGGCCGUCCCAAAACGGAGCAGGACAAGCAGGAGCGUGCUCUGUGCAGGGCUUGGAAGAAGGUCGAGGGCCGCACAAGGGCGAAGAAGCUGCGCGCAGAGAUGGAGCUGGCGUUCGAAGAGGAGUUAAUGAAGGCGCUGGACAGGAUUGCCGAGCUUUCGGAAGAGAUCGGAGCGCUCAAGGUCAAGACGGAUCUUGGACGGCUGGCGAUUGAGGCAGACGAGGUAGAGGUAGGAGGUGAGGCGGUGAGGGAUUGGUGCGUUCUUCCUGAACUCUCUCCCCGUCUUCCGAGAUUAAUCAUCACCCUGCAGACCGAAGACAACGUGUGA